AUGGGAACGCACUUACAUUGUCUCACUGAACUAUUCAUCACAUUACAGGUGCGUGAGCUGGAGGCUGAAGUUGAGGCUGAGCAAAGACGUGGAGCUGAUGCUGUUAAAGGAGUGCGCAAAUAUGAGAGGAGAGUGAAGGAGCUGACCUACCAGACUGAGGAGGACAAGAAGAAUGUGACCAGACUUCAGGAUCUGGUGGACAAGCUGCAGCUUAAAGUCAAGGCUUACAAGAGACAGUCUGAGGAGGCUGAAGAGCAGGCCAACACCCACAUGUCCAGGCUGAGAAAGGUUCAGCAUGAGCUGGAGGAAGCUCAGGAGCGCGCUGACAUUGCUGAGUCCCAGGUCAACAAGAUGAGAGCUAAGAGCCGUGAUGCUGGCAAGUCUGAAAAGGCUGAAUAAGAGACAACACCCUUUUGGAGCCUUUUGACAGAGUGCAUAAAAUAUGAACUAACUGUUGAAUUGUCUCCUAAAUGUCAAUAAACUCUAUCU